AACAAAAUGGCGGCGACCAAGCGUGUGCUUUAUGUCGGUGGUUUAGCAGAAGAAGUGGAUGAGAAAGUGUUACACGCAGCGUUCAUUCCAUUCGGCGACAUCACGGAUAUUCAGAUCCCUUUGGAUUAUGAAACCGAGAAGCAUCGUGGUUUUGCCUUCAUCGAGUUUGAGCUGGCUGAGGAUGCUGCAGCGGCCAUUGAUAACAUGAACGAGUCGGAGCUGUUUGGUCGGACCAUCAGAGUGAACAUCGCCAAACCCAUGAGGAUUAAAGAGGGCUCGUCUCGACCUGUCUGGUCUGAUGAUGAUUGGCUGAAGAAGUUCUCAGGGAAGACGACAGAGGAGGCGGAGGAGGCGGAGCCAGCCGGAGAAGCGAGCAAAACCAUGACCCAGGAGGGAGAGCCACCGGCUAAGAAGGGCAGAGCGAACCCACAGGUCUACAUGGACAUCAAGAUCGGUAAUAAACCUGCAGGAAGACUGCGCAUGUUACUCCGAGCUGACGUGGUGCCCAUGACUGCAGAGAACUUCCGUUGCCUGUGUACACACGAGAAAGGUUUCGGCUUCAAGGGCAGCAGCUUCCACAGGAUCAUCCCUCAGUUCAUGUGUCAGGGAGGGGACUUCACCAACCACAAUGGCACCGGCGGCAAAUCCAUCUACGGACACAAGUUCGACGACGAGAACUUUGUGCUCAAACACACCGGCCCAGGUCUGCUCUCAAUGGCGAACUCUGGUUCGAACACAAACGGCUCGCAGUUCUUCAUCACCUGUGACAAAACAGAUUGGCUGGAUGGCAAACACGUGGUGUUCGGAGAGCUUCUGGAGGGCAUGGAUGUGGUGCAGGCCAUGGAGGCUCAGGGAAGUAAAGAUGGCAAACCCAAACAGAAGGUGAUUAUAUCUGAUUGUGGAGAGUACGAAUGAGCACCUGUACCUGCGGAGUGUGUGUGGAACAUGCUUGUUGGAAUGCCUGUGUGUGUGUGUGUGUGUGUGUGUGUGUGUGUGUGUGUGUGUGUGUGUGUGUAUUUUAUGGGAAUAGUUCACAUCACUCAACUCGGUCAAAGCCUUCUGGUUUAAACAGAUGCUUUUUUUUGUAUGAUGGAUUUGUAAAUAUCUAAUAAAUUUUUAUAAUGAAAAUUGGCUCACAUUUUUUUUUUUACCAGGAUCUUCAGUCAUUAUUAGAAAAUGAUCACGUGUCUGAUCGUUGAUUUACUUUUACGCCUAGUGUGAGGACGUAUAUGAGCUUUCUGAGUGUGACCAAUCUGGAUUAAAAUAUUGCAUGUUUCCCAAGAAGAUACCUCACCAUUGUUGUUAUAUAUCAUUUUUGUACACCGAUCAGCCAUAACAUUAAAACCACUGAUGGGUGAAGUGAAUAAUAUUGAUUAUCUCAUUACAGCGGGACUUGUCAAGGGGUGAGAUAUAUCAGGUAGCAGUCAGUUCUCGAAGUUGACGUGUUGGAAGCAGGAAAAAUGGGCAAGCGUAAGGAUCUGAGCGAAUUUCACAACGGCCAAUUUGUGAUUUUUGGCCUCGAUGUUACUGAGCUAACUAAGUUCCGUUAGCCACUGACUGUCUGCACCUGUUAACCGGCAUUAACAUUUCACAGAACAUGUGAAGAAACAUGGCCCUAAUCCAACCUCCUAAUGCUAAUUACUACAGCUUGCCUUGUCCAAAACACUUGCUAAAUGUAGUUAACGUUAACCCACUCUCUGUAAUACAUCAUGGUGAACAGCUGUAAUGCUAUGUUACGUCAAAAGGUAAUGGGAAUGUCUAACAUUACCGUGAGGUGUAUGUUAAAGUAAUUCAGGUGAACGUCUAGGUUAGCAUCACUCAUUCCUAUUGGUGACAGCAUCCACCUAUCAAACCCUAACUCGGAGCCUCAUAAGAUGCAGUCCAUAUUUCACAGCCAACACAUACACGACACUCGUAGUGUAACGCCAACACCGAGGAAGCAGUACGAUAUUCACUUUUGAAGCCGUCACGAUAGGUGAAAAUUAUCACUUGCUGAGUUACUGUUUUACACUGAAUGCAUUUGCGAGAGUUCCUUGCCUAAAUAUCACAAACUCGGCCAGAUAUUUUCAGCAGCAUUAACGCUAAAUAGUCAUAAACGCUAACUUACUGGAGGCCAUUUGGUUUCCUCACCUCAGGACUCAGCUGUCACAAUGAAAAGCUCAAAACAACAAACAUUCACUUUGAGGUGAGUUCAGAAUUGGACGAUGACGUCGGGAACGUGGUCCGCAACUAUAGAAAAUGUUUAUGAAGCGUAAUCAAUAUGUGUAACUAACAUUUGGAUAUGUUAAAGAAGUGUAAACAAUAUGUAACCAACAUUUAGAAUUACUGCUUAAGCAUAAUCAUAUAAUCAAUAUUGGUUAAAAAGCAGAAUCUAUAUGUAUAAUCAAUAAUUAGAAGCAUAAUCUAAAUCCAUAGGACAACGUUUGAUCAAAUUAAACUCUGAGUGUGGUUUGAGUCAGAUGAACUCUUUGUCUUACUGUACAAUAAUUGUUCUUGUGUCUCAGCUGGCACUUUUCUGCACAGCAAUAAAUUGGCAUUAGAUAUUCGCUUUUGUAAGUAAAUAACCUUGAGGCCAGAUACCAAUUAGGGAGUUAGGAGGAACGGAGGUAGAUAUCAACUGGGACAACAGAUAGAGACAGACGGAUGCUCAUUGAGGCCUAAGAAGGGAGUAUUGGUCAAAGUCAGGACUGAGUGAAACCUUUUUGUAAUAAAGGAAACCUUGUCCUCGUGAAACCUUUUCAAGAAAAACAACUAAUUGCGCAUGCUCCACAAAUUUAAGAUAACACAUAGACAUGAAUAUUUAAUUGUGGCAAAGAAGAUUGGUCUGUUUUUAAUGAGGAAAGGCAAAACCCCACCUGAGAUGGAUACGCUGUGGAGAAAGGUGUAUAUAAAGGACUGUGUGUGCCUGCAUAAUUUGGACUUUCUGCAGACUGUCAUAUUUUAUUGGUUUUCAAUAAAUUUUAUUUACUUUUUGACAUCUACUAAACUCUCUGUC